ACUGUAGGCUGUAGCAGGCAAGCAGCCCGGCAUCGGAGGUUUCAGAGCUGCAUCAGCGCCACUGAAGGCCCUCCGAUCGGCAUCAGACGGCCAACAGCUCCUCGAGGUCGAGGGCAGCCCCAUCUGAAAACUAUAUUCUUGGCCAAUUGGCACGCCGGAUUAAAGACGUCUCUUCAUCUACACUACACACUCGUACCACCUCUUCGUCACUGGCCAAAAAAGCUCCGACGAGCGAGGCGAGGAUGCCGCCGUCCCUGCGGCCAGCAGCGCUGCUGGUCGCAGCCGUGUGGCUCGGGUCGGCCGCCUGCGCCGCGGACGACGGCGACAUCACGACGCUCUUGCCGCCGGGGACCGCGUCGCCGUUCCCCUUCUGCCCGGUGCGGCCGGCCGGGGCCUCCACGGGGCCGUUCCCCUGGAUGACGCCGCCGCCGCCGUCGGCGGCGAUGUUCCCCCAGGAUCCGGGGUUCCUCCCGUCGGUGGCGCGCCCUGUCGGCAGCAGCGCGGUGGCAUGGCUGCCGCUGCUCGCCGCGGUCUCUGCUUUCUUGGUGUUUUUGCGGUGACUCGCCCACGGCCGCUGCCCUGGGUGUACACCAGUAGCUGUUCAGUUCAGAUUCAUGCCGCGCAGCCUGAAUUUCUGGAUAUGAUUCUAGGCCUUCGUUUCAUGUAGCUCUGGACAGUCUAACAGAGAGGCCUUUUGCUCUUGUUUUUCCUUUUCCCCACCUGCAGUAGUUCUGUAGCUUCAUUCAUGUAAUUCUGUUUCAGCAGAUGCAGCUGGAAUCAAAUAAAAUUCCUUCUUGUUGUAGGGUCUGAACUUUUA